CUAUUGUCACAGUAGUAUUCCGUGAGUGUUUUUAAAUGGCUGACGUACGAAAGUCUUCCGUGUAAUAGUUUGAUCGUGAAAUACACCUUGUCAAAAAUACGUUACAAAACUCGUCGAAACAUAUAGAACCAUACUGCAGAAUAUUAUCAAAUGGUUCCUAAUCGCGUCAUCAUUUAAUAUUAAUAAAGAACGUGGAUUUUAGAAGAAACAUCUGCAACAUGAUUUCCUCCAGUCAUCGCACGUGUUCCUUGCCAAUGUAUGCCAUUAUUGGCCUAACGGCCAUCAUUUAUGCCACAACCGUCGGAGCAGAACUUCGACAAGUGAACGUGAUAUUUAGGCAUGGGGAUAGGACACCGGACACAGGUACAAAUGAAAUGUAUCCAAACGAUCCAUACCUCAAUUCUGCUUUCUAUCCAUUGGGUCGUGGUCAAUUAAGCAACGAAGGUAAAAGACGAGAAUAUCAACUCGGAAAAGUUCUUCGGGAGAGGUACCGAAGAUUUUUAGGGGAUAUUUACACGCCGGAGUCCGUUUGGGGCAUCAGCUCGGACUACGAUAGAACGAAAAUGUCUUUGCAACUUGUUCUGGCUGCGCUGUUCCCCCCAAACAAAGAACAGAAAUGGAAUCCCCAAUUGAAUUGGCAACCGAUCCCCACGCGGUACUUGCGACGGCCCGAAGACAACAUUUUUCUUGCAGACGAGUGUCCUCAGUAUCUGGCCGAAUACGAUAGAGUUUUACAAUCGCCGGCUGGAAGAAACGCGUUAGCAAAAUACAACGGUCUCAUGCGACAGUUAACAGAGUGGACCGGAAAGAACAUAACUACGCCAUUGAACAUGUACUAUCUCUAUCAUACACUAAUGGCUGAACGUUCUCUCGGUCUCGCUUUGCCAAAAUGGACGGAGGGCAUAUUUCCUUAUGGCAGAUUGUGGAACGCAACUGUAUUCGCCUACGACAUUGCCAAUUCCACGCCCUUGCUGAGAAGGCUCUACUCAGGACCCUAUCUUCGACUGGUCACGAAGACUAUGCUAGACUACAUAACCGGAACGUUAAACGAUCCACGAAAGAUAUACCUAUACAGUGGCCACGAAACCAACAUCGCCGCCGUCUUGCAUGGUCUUCAGGUCUAUCGUCCUCAUGUCCCUGAAUACUCUAGUGCUGUGAUAUUGGAACUCCACCAAACGAACGACAACUACUAUGUCAAACUCGCUCACUAUUUGGGCAUCCCGUCGAAAAUAGAGGAACUCACACUGCCCGGUUGCGACGCCAUGUGUCCACUGGACAAGUAUUUGCAAUUAACCGAGGAAGUCAUGCCGUCUAAGGAGGAAUUGAUUUGCGACAAGAGGGACACGGAAGAUUACGCCAAUGUGAAAUCUGACGAGGAAGUAGAUUGGGCGAAGUAUAACUUGAUAAGGACAGCGAGAGCCUUUAACAUUCAAUAAUAAAAUUGAACUAACUGAAUAAAUGUCUAGCAGUGACAGUCGAACCAAAGAAGUCCUUCAUACGUUGACCAUCACGUCACUUAUAUACAGGAUGUCCCAAAAAUGUUGAAGGUCCUUGAAAGGACUGAUUCGGGAGGUGAUUUGAAACAACUUUUUCCUUUGCGGAAAUGUUGUCCGAGGCCUCGUUAAGGAGAUAUUAAGAGAAAACCCUGGACCAAUCAGAGCGCGAGGAUGGUAGUGGAGCGCCCGCGAUAGGUGUAAGCUACGCGCUAGGCGUAAGCUACGCGCUAGGCGACCGCCUUCCACUGGCAUCCUCGCGCUCUGAUUGGUCCGGGGUUUUCUCUUAAUAUCUCCACAACGAAGCUUCAUACAACAUUUUCGCUAAGGAAAAAGUUGUUCCAAAUCACCUCCCGAACCACCCCGUUCAAAAACCUCCAACAUUUUUGGGACACCCUGUAUAGGUGACAGACAUUAGAAUUCAACACAAUUUAUUUUGAAGAUGAGGUGUUGAAAUAAAUAAAUCUGGAUAAGAUCCGUGAAUUUUGAUAACGUCUCAAUAAUAAGUACUAUGACAAAUUUUGAUUAUAUAAAUUUCAAUUAUCUCAAAAUUAAAUGUUAGUUUCAUACAAAUAUUCCUGAAAGUUAAUGUGAUAGCCAACGUGUUAAUUUAAAUCAAUAUUCCUGAUUGCAUGUUAAUAGUGUUACAGAGUAUUAGACGUGAGGAAUGGCGUUCGUGUUUCAGUAUUUAUUCAUCAAAUCUUAUGUAUAGAGACGUACGUGAAUUAAUUUUCCUACGUAAAAUGACACGCUUCGACGUAACACGAUUAUUUAUAUUUCUUCAUUGUCUCUUUAAUGGAGAAAUGGAAAUGUGCAUUUAUGUAAUUAUGCAUGUAAUUAUGUAUAAUUGUAAUAUUUAGAAUUUAAAUUGUUAAGGACGCGUAAAAUAAUGAUUGUUUUGUACUUACUGGCCCGCAGUACUUAACGUGUUGUUGAUUCAAUCGUUUAUUUAUUUUCUAACCACAAACAGUGACUAACAUAUUCUUAAUCGAAGAACUCAAAGCUACCUCUACUUUAAAACUAUGUAUACCUACUAUUUGUAUAUGUGAAAUAAAUUUAUAUAAAUUAAUUACAA